AUGUCUCCACCGGUAGUAAUCCCUAGGCCUUGUCUGGACUCCACUAAUGCUUCCCCAAUUCCACCGAAACCCGUUGCAAAACCACUGAAACUAGUGAAAAAAUCCUUUGCCCAGGCGGUGAAUAACAUCUGUGAUAUCCCAAUCAGUCAGCUUCCUCAAUCGAUAGUCAAAGGUGAUAGAAUUUCUAUCACAAUUCCUGAAGAUGAAUAUCUUGCAGGAAUAGCUUCCUGUAAAUUCAACUUGCAUGGUAGAAUCUUUUGGCCAAAGGGGUCAGCUCCAUUGAAAGUUGAUGCCUUAAGACAAAAGCUCUCCACAAUCUGGUCUUCUCUUGCCAAAUGGGGACUCACAUCGUUAAGUAAAGGUUAUUUUGAAUUCUCUUUCUCUAAUAUCGAAGACUUACAAAGAGUUAGGUCGGCUAGCUCAUGGAAUCUAAACCCUGGACUGCUAAAAGUAUUUGCCUGGACUAAAGAUUUUAAUCCCAAUGAACAACGUCAAUCCUCCGCACAGGCCUGGAUUAGAAUUAGUGGUCUUUCACAGGAAUAUUGGAGACCCAAAAUACUUUAUGCAAUAGCAAGUGCAAUUGGCAGCCCAAUUUGUAUGGAUGAAACAACAACCAAAUCAAUGUUUGAUCGUUCCUUUGGACACUUCGCAAGAAUUAUGGUGGAUCUAGAUUUAAUUGGAAAUCUUAGAAAUAACAUCCUUAUUGAAAGAAAGAAUUUUGCAUUCUUUGUUGAUGUCACCUAUGAAAACAUCCCAGAUUUCUGUGAUCAUUGUAAGAUUAUUGGCCACAACUUAGCAAAUUAUAGAAAACUAAAAAAGAAUGAGGCCAUGGAGAAGGAUAAUCCUAAAUCCCAACAUAGAAAGGUCUAUGUUGAGAAGCAGACAAGGGAUAAAAGCCAAAACAAUGUUUCUGUGCCCAGUACACAAGACGAUCUAAUCCAAAUAAUUGAAAAUCCUGAUAAAUCGACAGAUUCAAUCUUAGGCCAUCACAAUGAGAUGAAUACACAACCUGAGGAAGGGAUCAUAUCCCUAGUUCCUAUCAAUGGCUUCCAAGAUGAACAUGUUGAAAUCAAUACCAAUCAAAAGCUUCAGCUAUUGGAACAGGACUUGGAGGAAAAUUCUGGUAGUUCUAGUGGUUCUGAAUUUGUGGAUGCUACUCAAGAUAAUAUAAAUGCUGAAGCUGAUGAGUACACCACCAACCCAAAGGUGCAGCAUGACAUGGUGCUCCUUAAAGAAUCCUGGGCAAACUAA